AUGUCAUCUGCCACACCCUCCGUGAGGCUGCACAACCCAUUCGUGCCGAGCGCGUACGAUCUGCGUGUAAGCGUGGAUCUUUCAAACUGGCGGUAUGAGGGGAAAGAGACGGUGGUGCUGCGGCGAUCGCCAGACGUUGCGGAGUCGCGGGAGAUGCAGUUGCACUGCGGUACAUCGAUGAAUGUUCAGUCCGUGACGGGUGCCACCAUCAAGGGACGCGAUGAAAAGGCAGAGACCCUGCGGCUGCGGCUGGAGGGAGAACUUACGGAUGCUCAUACAUUGACCUUUGCGUUUUCCCACGAAAUUCGGGAAGAGAUGCGUGGUUUGUACCGAGCGGUCUUCAAAACCAGCGACGGUGUCGAGCACAGAAUGGCGGCGACACAUUUUGAACCGACUGCCGCGCGGCUUUUUUAUAUCUGCCAGGAUGAGCCGUCAGCGCGCGCGGAUUUCACUCUGCACGUUUCCUUGCCAUCGAGCAUGGCAGGGUUUACAGUGUUGUCUAACGGCCCCCUCAAAUUUAAAGAAACUCAAGGUAACAUUGUGACACAUCAUUUUGAAACCAUUCAUGCCGUCCCUCCGUACCUUACCUCCUGCUUCGUAGGGGAGCUUGAGUCUGCCGGGGCCACCGCCUGCGGCAUACCUGUGAAUGUUUAUACCACAGUUGGCAAGGUGCAAAAAGCUCGUUUUGCUUUAAAGACGGCUGUUUUUGCGUUGGAGUACUUUGAAAAGUUCUUUAAAUGCAAAUAUCCGCUGCCCAAGUUGGACGUUGUGGCGGUGCCUGACUUUCCCAUUGGUGGGAUGGAGAAUUGGGGCUGCAUUGCGUGUGUGGAGUCUAUCCUACUGGACGAGCAUGCCUCCAGUGUCACCACUUUGAAGUCAGUGGCUUCGCUGAUCUGCCACGAAGUCUCUCACAAUUGGUUUGGCAACCUUGUGACUAUUAAUUGGUGGGAAGGGCUCUGGCUUAAGGAGGGGUUUGCCUCAUGGUGCGGGUACGACGCGGCCCACCACCUGCAACCGUCGUGGAAGUGUGACGAGGAUGCUGCUAUGGAUGUGACUAGUGCCCUCGUAAGCGACAUGUACGAGCACAGUCAUCCAGUUGAGGUGCCUAUUCAUGACCCAGCUGAGAUCACGCAGAUAUUUGACGCCAUCAGCUACGACAAAGGUAUGGGGUUAGUCUUCAUGUUGCAGGCGUUUCUGGGCGAACAAAAGUGGGCGGCCUCUGUGGCCCAUUACAUCCAGAAGCAUCAAUACAGCGACACAAGGACAAUUCAGCUCUGGCAAGCGUUAGAAGAAGCCUCUGGCCUCCAGCUCACCGAGGCCAUGCAAUCCUUUACAACGCAGAUGGGAUAUCCCAUUAUUCACGUCACCCGUCCUACACCCAACAUGGUGGUUCUGCGGCAAGAGCCUUGUCAGUUCGUGACUGCGGUGGAGCGAAAGAAAACACUAUGGUGUGUGCCCGUAGUUCUUCAGGGUGAGGGCGGGGUCACGCAUCGCGUCACCCUGCGCGGGAAUCAACCACAACAAGUUGAACUCCCAGCAGAAUUUGCCUCCUCCGCGUGGAUCAAUGCCAACCCCUCUGGAAAGGGUUUUUUCCGUUGCCGGUACGAUGAUAAUAUUUGGUCAGCGUUAUUGGGUGCUUACAGCUCCCUUACUGCUCCAGAUCGCCGUACUUUAAUAGCUGAUACACUGGCGUCCAUUUACAUGGGGAAUGAAGACUUUGAUCGUCUGGCCAUCUUCCCCUCACUCCUGGCUGAACAGGAAUUGGGGACGAGUGUCUGGGAGGUAUACUACAAUAGCAUGGAGGCUUUACUCCCCAUUUUGGAUGAUGAUGGUGUGAGGAAUGACCUGCAGCAUAAUCUUAUGUUCAAUAUUUGUGAAAGGGCCAAAAAGCUAUUGAAUACAGAGCCAAAUACCGUGGAAGAACGCUUGGGACGUGCCUUCUACAUUAAUGCAGCCAUCUCUACAGCGUUGAAAUGUAUGUCUUUGGAAGAUGCACUGCAAUGUCCGAGUGUGAACUGGGCACUUAAGCAAGCGGAAAGUUAUAUGCAAGGUGGCGUGCAUUCGCUAGAUACACUUGCCAUGUCCCUUUCAGCCUACGUGCGACUUGGCCCAAAUGAUGCGGCAGCGCGAACCGAGGCCUUAUGGAGGCGUUACACCACGGUCCAUGACAGCGAUGAGGUAUGUCGUUGUAUUAUACGCGCUCUUUGUUGGGCCACAGACCCUGAAUGUGUUGAGAGCACGGCAAAGAAGUGUAUUUACAAUGAGGGCAUUCGUGCACAGUACGGCGGUGUGGUCUUUGCAGCAAUAGCUACUAACCCCUCAAUGCCAAACGGUUAUGCCUGGUCACUGUUCAAGAAGCAUUUCCAAGGGGUGGACAAGCAGUGGGGAAGUGGAACCUUCCGUAUACAAACCAUUGUGAAGAAUGUUGCCUCCUCUCUUACGGGAGAGACCCAGGCAAAGGAGUUUGAUGCGUUUUUUCAAAACCAUCCGAUGCCUCACGCACGGUUGGCCAUUCAUUGUGCUAUGGAGGACAUUCGACUGCGUACGUGGCUGAGGUCGAAGUGGGGUGUUGGGUCAAAACUCAGUCGCAUUUUCUUCCCAUGCUAA